AUGGCUGAUAAUAAACGUAAAAAGUUGAAAAACUGUUCUAAAAGACACAUUAGGCGAAUCAACAAUGAGUUUUGUAGGAGAUUAGACGACGGAUAUUAUUCUGAUAACACUAAUGAAGAUGAUAUUAUUCGAGCACCAGAAAUUCAAUCUACAAUUGUACGUGCAUCUACAUCAUCUAAUGCAGAACCUAAAAUUAAUAACGAGAACAGUGGAAAAAAUUUACAAAUAUUUUCUUCAAGUUGUAAUAAUAGUGCGCAGAAUGAUGGAAAUGAAUAUUUUUCUAGCUCUAGCAAUAAUUUUUCAUACUGUUCCAGCCCUAUCAGUAAUUCAUGUAAUUCUUACGAUAGCAGUAAUAUUAAUCUUGUUGAAAUUAAUAAUGUCGAUAGGAGUUUAAUUGAAAAUAACAAGGAUGAUAAUACUGUCACUGAUGAUUGUAGUAAUUUAGACUUGAAUUGUAGUUUGUUAGAAGAACAGUUGCGUGAGUGGCAUUUUAAUCACAAUACAACACUAGCAUCACUUUCUUCAAUGUUAAAAAUUUGGUAA